AUGGCCGCCGAAUCCAGAGAGUCACAGGAACAGCGAGAGGAGCGCGCCGCAAUGAAAGCACAUGCAGACGCGACAGAACGGGAAGCCUGCCAAUACUGGGGCUAUCUCUUGCAAGAGGACAAAACCGGAACCCCGAAAUUGGAUCGCCUGUUGAGGGGCAUAGCAGAGGUUAUUAGCAGGAAGUUUGAGCCAAGCGACUCGCCGGACCUCACGCCGUCACAGAUUGCAGCUUGGUACCGUAGUGUCGGCGGUGACUACGACGUCUUAUUCACCGAGACGGCGCCAUCGUCGGUUGCAUUUAUAUAUCGCUCACUGGGUGCAUUCCACAGUUUACAGCCGGGACCAGGCGACGACGGGUAUUCAACUCCUAGCAUUCCCGCCCUGAAGAAGCAAGGAUUUGUGACAUGGCAGACAAUACAGAUAUUGUUGGGCCCAGAAGAACAUGUGCCAUUCUUACAGAGGGCUGUCGAGCUAGACGAUAUUCACGAUCCAGAAACCGGCAACAUCUUCCCCAAAGUUCUGCCCAAGCAAUGCUUCCCAUCAAAACCUGAUGAGGCCAUGGAAGAGUGGUAUGAAAAUGUUGCGGACCGGCUUAAGAGGGAGGCCGACGCCGAGUCGAGGGGAGAUAGUGUACCAGACGAGCCGAGACUGCGCACCUCAACCGAGGGUGAGGGCUCUUCUGCGGAUGAGAAGACGGGCGCAUACAAAUACUUUGAAGACCCGUUGUACCGUAAUGGCCGACCAAGACCUGCCUUUAUGCGCCAUGUUUCCAAGGAGUCCACACGCCCAGAAUAUGAUCACAGAGGGGCUGUCACGUCAAGAGUAAGACAUAUGCUUAACCCUCUAAACCCAUUUGCUAGUAAGAAGAAGAGCGUUCCAGGGCGAUACGAGAGUGAUAGCUAUUCCGAAGACGAUGCAACGCCCAUUGCCAGCGUCCCUCAUCCGGGUCCCCGAUAUCCUUCCCACAAGCGUCCACCUGCGCCGCGACGUGAAUCUUCGCUAUCAACAACAGAGUCGGAAUCGGAUGCCGAUGAAGCGCCCUCGCGACGCCGUACGCCUGUUCUCCGCGCACAUAGAUCUCAAGAUCCGCCCAUAUCGCAGUCGGGAUAUUUUCCCGCUUACCCUGAGGCGCGUCGAUAUUCAAACCAACAUGAUGCUGUCCGGUUAGAAGGUAGAGGCUCAAAAGCAACUUCUCCACAACCCGUGUAUCGGCCAACUACAUCACCCCUCUUUGCCACCCAAGUCGCACAUGCUCAGCAGGAGGCGGCACGUAAAUACUAUGAGCCCAGGCCGGCUCUUCCACCACGUACAAGCUAUAGACCAGUUCCCGCCCCGCACAGUGUACGAUAUGGCCCGACUAGUGUGCAUCCUGUGAGCCCGCCUCGAGAGGGUGCGCCGCAUGUCAGGGAGCGCGAACGUGAGCGCGACAGACACCACAGGCGCGAUCGAGAUGCAUAUGACAUGGGAAGCGGUAGCAGCGGCCGGUCACGUCGACGCCACUCGACUGACGUUGAAUAUCCCCGCGAGCGUGACCGUGACACUGCGCGAACAAGAAGCCAUGAUAGAGUCAAGGAAGACUGGGACGAAGAAGACGCGCACGAGCGUGAACGGGAUAGAAAAUCUCGGUACGAAGACCGCGGGCGAUUACGGGACGGCAGCCGGGAGAGAACAAGAGAAGCUCGGACGCACAGGUAUGUGUCUGGGGUGCAAGAUGGCGGCUCGUCUGGCAGAAAACAUGCAGUCGUCAAUGGACCUUCUUACUAA